AUGGACGGAGGAGGUACCGGAGAUGCCCAAGAAAAUGGCGGUGCCACCGUGAGUGUCCAGAUCAACCACAGCCGUAGGCUUCCGGACUUCCUCCUCAGCGUCAAGUUGAAGUAUGUCAAACUUGGGUACCAUUACUUGGUCUCUAAUUUGUUUACUCUUUGCUUAGUGCCCAUAAUGAUUAUCAUUUUAAUUGAGGCAUCCCAAAUGAAUCCCAAUGAUAUUCGUCAAUUGUGGCUCCAUUUGCAAUACAAUCUUGUAUCGGUUAUUAUAUGUUCUGCAUUUCUUGUAUUUGGAUCCACAGUUUACAUCAUGACCCGGCCUCGACCUGUUUAUCUUGUCGAUUAUUCGUGUUAUCGGGCACCGGAGAAUUUGAAGGCUCCGUUUAGUCGAUUCAUGGAACAUUCCCAGUUGACUGGGGAUUUUGAUGAGUCCUCUCUCGAGUUCCAGAGGAAAAUACUCGAGAGGUCAGGGCUUGGGGAUGAGACUUAUGCACCGGAGGCGAUGCAUUUGGUUCCUCCCAGGCCGUCUAUGCAGGCUGCUAGGGAAGAAGCCGAACAAGUGAUGUUUGGGGUAUUGGAUAAUCUUUUUGCGAAUACUAAAGUGAAGCCGAAGGAUAUAGGGAUUCUUGUAGUGAAUUGUAGUUUGUUUAAUCCGACUCCUUCACUCUCAGCUAUGAUCGUGAAUAAGUACAAGUUGAGGGGGAAUCUUAGGAGUUUCAAUUUGGGCGGGAUGGGGUGUAGUGCAGGCGUGAUCGCCAUUGAUUUAGCCAAGGACUUGUUGCAGGUGCAUAGGAAUACUUAUGCAGUUGUAGUUAGUACAGAGAAUAUUACACAGAAUUGGUAUUUCGGGAACAAGAAGUCGAUGUUGAUACCCAAUUGUUUGUUUAGAGUUGGGGGUUCUGCGGUUUUGUUGUCUAAUAAGUCUGCCGAUAGGAGGGGGGCCAAGUACAAGCUUGUUCAUGUUGUGCGAACGCAUAAAGGGGCAGAUGAUAAGGCAUUUCAUUGUGUGUAUCAGGAGCAGGAUUCAGCAGGGAAAACAGGGGUUUCUUUAUCGAAAGAUCUCAUGGCUAUUGCAGGUGGAGCUCUUAAGACUAAUAUCACUACUUUGGGUCCUCUCGUGUUACCAAUCAGUGAGCAGCUUUUGUUCUUCGCUACAUUGGUACUUAAGAAAUUUUUCAAGAAGAGCGUAAAACCAUACAUUCCGGAUUUUAAGCUGGCAUUUGAUCAUUUCUGCAUACAUGCUGGUGGAAGGGCUGUGAUUGAUGAACUGGAGAAGAAUCUUCAGCUGCUCCCGCUUCACGUGGAAGCUUCAAGGAUGACUCUCCACCGGUUCGGAAACACUUCUUCGAGCUCGAUUUGGUAUGAGCUGGCAUACACCGAGGCAAAGGGAAGAAUGAGGAGGGGUAAUCGAGUCUGGCAAAUUGCUUUUGGAAGUGGUUUUAAAUGCAACAGUGCAGUGUGGGAGGCACUUAGGAAUGUAAAACCUUCUCGAAAUGGUCCUUGGGAGGAUUGCAUCGACAGGUAUCCAGUGAAAGUAGUUUUGGAAUAG